UACAUCUCUCGCCAGCAUUGCGUGAUUGAUCUCCCGCAUCGCUCACAAUUAAUUCAAUUUCCCGUGUUUGGAUUCCGAUCUCCUCCGCAUCCAACUCCAAGGUUCGAGAUGUACCGAGUAAAUCACUCUCAUUAUUCUAACAUUCGAGUUUUCUCAUUACCAGCCUCCCACAUUUCAAAGCAUCGUCAUGAUGAUCCGUUCCAGUUCCUUUUCGUGCCUCAUUGGCCUACUCCUCGUAUCCGCAUUGCACUACGCUGCGGCCUGCUGCACGAGCGCCGACUGUCGUUCGGGACAAACAUGUUUGGGUGCCCCAGACUCCUGCACCAAUCCAAAUGCCCCUUUUAAUGUUGGGAGAUGUGGAACAGUUAGCGUGAGCAGUUGUUUCUCCAAGAAUUCCAUUGUGGACGUACUCGGCAAAGGACCCACUCCAAUGCAGAGCCUCAAGGUGGGCGACAAGAUAUUGACGGGUGACAGUGGUUACGAAACAGUCUACGCGUUUGGGCACUGGGACGAUGUCUCGAAAACUGAUUUCUUGGAGAUCGAGGCGCGCAUUGAAACUGGAGCUUCCGGAGAGAGCCAAAAGACGACGUUUCUCCAAGUCACCAGGGAUCAUUUGCUAUAUGUCCACGAUCGAUCGUUCGUCCCUGCGAUAGCAGUCAAAGUUGGUGAUGUCAUUGGCACUGAAAGUGCAGAACAACGUGCAAUUGUGAAGACCAUCCGUUCUGUCAAGGAGACCGGCCUCUAUGCCCCUCUGACACCCUCUGGAACGCUGCUGGUGGACGGUCUGAAAGCGUCCUGCUAUGUUUCGUUGCAAGAAGGAUUACCGGAAAACUUGGAGCUCAAUGGGAUUCCCCUCGUGUCUCAACAUUUGUUUAGCCAUUGGGCAUUGAGCCCAAUUCGACUGCUCUGUUUGGGCGUCUCACCAAGUCUUUGUGAGAAUCGAAACACUCUUGACAAGGAGAAUGGAUAUGCUUGGUUUACGAAGCUCGGGUUUUCAAUUGUGGAUACCCUGGAAUCAUUUCACAACCGUUCUGCACUUCAGUACACUCUUGCAGUUGCAUUCGCUGCCUUCUUUGGAGUCUUUCGGGGGCUUGAGAUUGUGUUUGGGCCCCUCCUGGCUCCCACAGCCGUAUUGGCGGCAGCUGUCCUCGGAAGAUCCUUGUUCAAAUCGAAAAAGUAAGACUCUCAAGCGUGCUAGCUGCUUGUAGAUGGUCUGUAAUUUUAAAGUAAGGUAUUGUUUGCAAACC